UCGCUGCUCACACGCACAUGCCUCCCCUCCCCAGGCCGAGGCCCAGCUGACCCCCAGGGCUCCCCCCCCCUCGGCAGCGGACAGGGAAGGGUUAAAGGCCCCCAGCUCCCUGCCCCCUGCCCUGGGGAACCCCUGCCCUGUGGGGACAUGAACAGUGUUUGCUGCCUGGUCCUGGUCGCCCUGAGCCUGUGGCCAGAUAGAGCUGCUGCCCCGGGGCCACCUCCUGGCCCCCCGCGGGCCUCCCCAGACCCUCGGGCUGAGCUGGACAGCGCCGUCCUCCUGACCCGCUCCCUCCUGGCGGACACUCGGCAGCUGGCGGCACAGCUGAGAGACAAAUUUCCAGCCGACGGAGACCACAACCUGGACUCUCUUCCCACCUUGGCCAUGAGUGCAGGGGCGCUGGGAGCCCUACAACUCCCAGGUGUGCUGACACGGCUGCGAGCCGACCUGUUCUCCUACCUGCGCCAUGUGCAGUGGCUGCGCCGAGCCGGGGGCCCUUCCCUGCGGACCCUGGAGCCGGAGCUGGGUGCCCUGCAGGCCCGGCUGGACCGCCUGCUUCGCCGGCUGCAGCUCCUGAUGUCCCGCCUGGCCUUACCCCAAGCACCCCCAGACCCACCAGCUCCCCCACUGGCCCCCCCGGCCUCUGCCUGGGGAGGCAUCAGGGCAGCCCACGCCAUUCUUGGGGGGCUGCACCUGACCCUUGACUGGGCCGUGCGGGGCUUGCUACUGCUGAAGACUCGGCUGUGACCCGCCACCCGGAACCACCAACGUCCUUCGAUGCCACAUCUUAUUUAUUUAUUUAUUUUGGGACUGGGGGCAUGGCAGCAGGAAAACACCCCCUCUUUCUCUCCCCCUAAUUCGAGAUGGUCCCUCCAGGAGACCUGGGCAGAGUCGGGGGGGGUAUCUGUGCCUUAUUUAUACUUAUUUAUUUAAGGGGGUGGGUGGGAGGCAGGUGGACUUGGGGACCAAAGGGGCAGGGAACUGGAGUCCUACAUUCUUGAAUCUCUUAAGAAGUCUGGCUGCAGGCUUUCCCUGUCCCCUAGCCCUCUGGGCCUGGGCAGGAGCAUAUAUUAUUUAUUAAACAAUUACUUUUUGGGGUGGGGUGGGGAGGGAAAGGGAAAAGAGGCCUGGGUUUUUGUACAAAAAUGUGAGAAACCUUUGUAAGAUGGAGAAAGGGGAAUUAAAUUUGUCAUACACAUCCACUUAGAGGCGAUUUCUCUGAGCACUGAGGGUUGGGGGCUGGUCGUCAGGGUCCCUGGAGCAGAGAGAGGUAGGGACCCUUAGUGGGCAGGACAGCAGAGAGGAGAUUGUUGGUCCCCCAGGGACCCUGAGUGCUGAGGGGCAGGGUCUGAGCCUGCACUUUGUAGGCACUCAGUAAAUUGAUAGAAGCUUCCAGAAGGCCAUCCUAUGCCCUACAAUACUUGCAUGUGACAAAGCUACAAGUUUGACGUUUGUUAUGGUGAUGUUCACAACAGCAAAUCAGAAACCACCUAGAUGUCCAACAAUGAGGGAUGGUUUAAUAAAUUAUACCCAUCCAUGUGAUGGAAUACCAUCAGCCAUGCCGAGGGGAUGAGAUGGAGGCUGCUUUAAGACAGAGAAAGCAGGCUACUGACCACUGCAUGAUUCCCAUUUUGUGUCUCUCU